AUGGACAAGGUCAACCAAACUGGGAUGAUCCACUUUCACUUCCGGCCCUUCUCCAAACUCCCGGAGGUGCAGACGCUGAUUUUUGUGGCCUUCCUGAUCAUGUACUUGUUCAGCAUCUCUGGCAAUUUCUCCAUCUCUCUCAUCAUCUGGCUCAACCGUUCUCUCCACACUCCCAUGUACUUCUUCCUGGGCAACCUGGCUGUCCUAGAGAUCUGCUACUCUUCCACCAUCGCCCCUCUGACUCUGGCCAGCGUCCAGUCUCUAGAGAGAAACUUCAUCUCCCUGGCCGGUUGUGGUACCCAGAUGUUCUUCUUCAUCUUCCUGGGCAGUGCUGACUGCAUUCUGCUGGCUGUCAUGGCUUAUGACCGCUUUGUGGCCAUCUGUCACCCUUUGCACUACGGCCUCAUGAUGAACUGGAGGUUGUGUGUCCAACUCUCUUUGGGGUCUCUGGUGCUGGGGUUCACCUUGGCCAUGCAGUUGACGGUGCUCAUCUUCCAACUCCCCUUCUGCAGCAGCAAAGAAAUCGCUAUGUUCUACUGUGACGUUCUCCCUGUCAUGAGAAUGGCCUGUGCAGACACCCGGGUGCAUGAGGCCACUCUGUUUGUGGUCAGUGUCAUCGUCCUCACCAUUCCCUUCCUGCUCAUCGCUCUCUCCUACAUCUUCAUCGUGGCUGCCAUCUUGAAGAUCCACUCUGCUGAGGGCAGACGCAAGGCCUUCUCCACCUGUACUUCCCACCUGACUGUUGUCCUGCUCCAGUACGGGUGUACCAGUCUCAUCUACCUGUGUCCCAGCUCUAGCUAUUCUCCAGAGAGAGGCCAGGUGGUGUCUGUGGUUUAUACCUUCAUCACCCCCGUGCUGAACCCCCUGAUCUACAGCAUGAGGAACAGAGAGCUUAAGGAUGCUCUGAAGAGAGCAAUGCUGAGGUUGUUUUUGAUCUGA